AUAGGGUUUUGGAAUCGUUUUGAACAAUAAGCUUCAGAACUAUGGCUGAGGCCAACCCAUCUCCAUCGACGACGACGGUGACGGAUGUGGACGUGGACUCGCUGGCUCACUGUGCCACCUACCUCAGCCUCCAGGACCUCUCCAACAUGGGCAUGUCCUGCAAAUACCUCAAACGCGUCGCCUAUUCUGACUCCAUUUGGUCCCACUGGUUCAGGGAACACUGGCCACAACAAAUGCCGUCCGCCUCUUUACAAACAUUGGAAUUGAGGGAGGCAUAUUUGGCACGGCGCACAGCAUUGAAGCAAAUCAAGUUCGUUGAUCCCUUAGUUGCUGACUUCUAUACAGUUCCAAGACCUUACAAGCAAAUAUUAUUGGAUGGAAAUGAUGUUGUCUUUUCCCAGGGCUCAUCGAUAGGAAUUCUUAAGAGUGAUGGCCUUUUAAGUGGAAGGUAUCCUCUCACCUCACUAAGUGACCAUAAUGCAAGAAUUACAUGCAUGAGGUUGUUUUCCCUCACCGAAACUUCUUUAUUUCGAAAUGAAACACAAAGUAAAGAAAAUGUUUUGGUUACCUCAAGCUGCGACCGCUCUAUUCGUCUAUGGUGGAAGGGUUCUUGCCAACGAUGUUUUAGAGGUCACAAUGGCCCAGUCUCUGCCUUGUCAGAUAAAUUGUUAGGUGAUGGUAGUAGCAAAGUAUUGGCAAGUGGAGGGGAAGAUGGUACUGUUCGCCUUUGGUCCCUUAACUCUAGUGGCAAGCGUGGCCAGCAUGCACUAACGGCUACUCUUUAUGGGCAUGAGAAACCUGUAAAGUUGAUGUCAGUUUCUGGACAUAGAACUUCUCUUUUGGUGACCAUUUCAAGUGAUUCCAAGGUGAGGGUUUGGGAUACAAAUACAUCAUCUGCUGAGCAUAUAUCAUGCUGUGUGGGCAUGACUGCUGUCCCUGGUGCACCUGUAAAUAUAAAGUGCCAUGAAUCCAUGCUCUAUGUUGCUGCUGGUUCCUCUGUCAUUGCAAUUGAUUUGAGGACAAUGCAAAAAGUAUUCACUGCUGCAACUUGUCAACCGAAGUUGUACUCAUUUGAGAUAAUGCCUUCGAAAUCAUUAAUCUGCACAGGUGGUAAUGGAAGAGCAAUGCUGUGGGAUAUUAGGAGAAACCUGGAGACGACGAAACCAGAACCAAUAGCCGAGUUGGAUGGACACACAGGCCCAGUUACGUUCUUGCACAUGGAUCAGUACAAAAUUGUUACAGGAGGCCCUGAGGAUUCUUUCAUUAAUGUUUGGGAGACUGACAAUGGUUCACAAACAAAUUCGUUGAUUUGCGGUCCUCCGGAUAGAGCAAGUGGGUGUCAUGCCCUGGCUGUAAAUGGGUAUCGAAUUGUUACUGCUAGCCUUGGUGAAGAACAAGGAGUUCUCCGCUUUAGGGACUUCACCAAUGCUUCUUGCCCUGUUGCCAAGCCUGAAGAUGAGCAUGCUUCCAAGUUCUGGGAUACACAAUCUUAUAGUGAUACUGAUGGCUCAGAUUGCUGAACGGAUUUGCUUGUUGAGAACUAAAUUAAUAGAGCUAGUAAUCUUAUGGUUUUCUGUACUUGCCAUUGUC